GCAAAAUUACCUCCUUGCUCCAACCUCAAAGCCCUCCACACCGUCACCGACCGCCCCUGACGAAGACGACGAGCCAAUCCAUCCAAUCCCUAGGAAACAAGGAGGUGAAGGACAACCAGACCGGCCUCCUCUCGACGCUCCUCCGCCGCCGACCACCGCGAGGGUUUACUAUCGUCAGCUGAAUCGAGAGCUCGCGCGUACGUGCUAAUCGCUAAUCCGCGGAGCCGCGGUCGUUGUGUCGUUGAUUCGCCAUGGGGAGCAAGGGUCGGAUGCCUCCUUCUUACCACCACCGGCCGCUCCCAGGUUCCGGCUCUGGCCCGCCGCAUGGCAUGAUGCACCGUGAUCCGUACGGCCCGGGCAUGCACCCACCGCCAGGGCCGGGGCCAUACCCCUACGAUAUGUUGCCGCCGCCUGAGAUCCUGGAGCAGAAGCUGGCGGUGCAGUGUGGAGAGAUACAGAAGCUGGCGGUGGAGAACGAACGGCUCGCCACGAGCCACGUGUCUCUGAGGAAAGAGCUGGCUGCCGCGCAGCAGGAGCUGCAGAGGCUGCAGGCGCAGGGUGAGGCGGCGAAGGCCGCCGAGGAGCAGGAGAUGAGGGGGCUCCUUGACAAGGCUGCCAAGAUGGAGGCCGAUCUGAAGUCGUACGAGUCUGUCAAGGCGGACCUGCAGCAGGCGCACACCGAGGCGCAGAACCUGGCGGCAGCAAGGCAGCAUUUGUCGGCGGAGGUGCAGAAGCUGAACAAAGACCUGCAGAGGAACUUUGGGGAGGCACAACAGCUGCCAGCACUCAUGGCUGAUCUUGAUGCUGCUAGACAGGAAUAUCAGCACCUAAGGGCUGCAUAUGAGUAUGAAAGGAAACUGAAGAUGGACCACUCGGAGUCGCUGCAGGUAACCAAGACAAAUUAUGACUCCAUGGUUACAGAGUUAGAGAAGCUUCGUGCUGAGUUGACAAACUCAACUAAUAUUGACAGAAGUGGUACUUUGUACAAUCCUAAUUUGGCUCAGAAGGAUGGUGGUACAUCUGGUCGGCAUUCUGCUUAUGAUGGUGGCUAUGGGGGUGCACAGGCUAGGACGCCCCCUGGUAUGCCAGACCCUCUAAGCGGAAGCCCAGCUGGAACUGCUCCUCUUUCUGGAUAUGAUCCAUCAAGAGGGAAUGCAUAUGAGACUUCUCGUCUUGCUAGAGUCCAUGAUGCAUCAAGGGGUGCUACUGGUUACGACUCUCUAAAAGUUGCUGGAUAUGAUACUUCUAGAAUGCCCGCACUUGGAGCUCAGACAGCGGCUCCAACUGCUCAUGGGAGUAGUGCUGGUUACUAUGGAUCUGCACAGGUGCCACCAUCAUAUGCUUCUGGGCCAGUCUCGUCUUCAUCAUACGGCGCAACAACAGCGCGACCUCAUGGCUCAGCUCAGGGACUAUCAUCAUAUGGACAAACACAGGCUCCAUCUUCUUAUGCACACACACAGAUACCACCAUCCUAUGGACUAGCACAGGCAUCAUCACACUUUGGCCACUCAGGGGGGGUCACCGUAUGGGUUGUCUGCACGGCCCCAGGCCUAUGGAUCCGCGCAAGCAGCACCUAACACUGGUGGUGCUUAUCAAACUCCACAUGGACGUAGAUAAAUUGGUGAUAAGCGAACUUUGUUGUGAUCUUGUUGGCGAGCGAUACAUGGUGCUGCUUUGUCUACCAGAGUAAAAUUUAGUUUCUGCAGCUACCAGAGUACCAAACUGUUGUUUUGCUGGUCUGAUACAAAUCUUCCUUGCAAUCUGUAAGAGAUUAUAUGUGCAAGCCUAUUUGUUUCUGAGAUGGAGAUGACUUAUAUAAAUGUGUUGUCAUGGUUUUAAA